AGUCACCUAAGGCUUUUGUGUAUCAUGGCCAGCCAUCUCCUCGUUUUCAUCAUGGCUUCAAUUGAAAGUAUCGUCCUAUCAAGUCAUCUCCGGACUUCAUUUUACAACAUCUCCUGGAGUGCUUCAAUAGUCUCCAACGGUUUAGAGUAUCAUCUAAAUGCUUCGUCCGCAAAUCGCUCAGGCGUUGACUGGUGGGCAUGCUUCAUCUCAGAUGAUGGCCAGGUGCUCAGCUACAACGUCACUUUACUAUCAGAGCCACUACAUGCUGUGACCGGGUCAAAGGUCUUUCUCAGAGUCUCUGGAAGCAGUCAUUGUGGGAAGUUUGCUAGUUUCGAUGAACUCGCCAAGGUCACAUCUUGGAAUCUUACGGCGGGCCUGGUUAGCAAGCACAGCGUUGAUAGUGUAAUUCUACCUCACGGUUAUGGUCGGAGAAUGAGUUGUAUCUCUGAGUCCUGUGAGCAACGCAUGGACUACGGAGCUGCUGCGAGUUAUCAAAUACUGAUAUCUGAGCUGAGCAACGGUGACACCGGUUUUUUCAUGACUUUUGAUGGAGCUGGUUUUCUGAAGGAUUAUUCGUCAAAUCGCCAGGGAACGGAAUUCUCGGUCGCUACUAAGUUACGUGCAAGAUACGACCCAGCUACACUGCCCUAUCGAACGCCGUUCCCGACAAUAGUUGGAGUAACUAAGGGCGGCUGGCUCGACGUUGCCCGGAUAUAUCGUAAUUGGGCUGUUCCGGUAUUUACUGGUCCUAAGAAGAGGACAUGGUUUGAUGAUGCGCCAGGCGCUCUAUGGGUCAACUCCCACUGGGAACCAACAGAUGGUUUCGCUAAGCUCGGCGGUCAGCCAGCUCGUGUACUCGAUAAUAUCAGGAGACUUCGUAGAUUAGUUGGCGACAAGACUGAGAUCGCUUUACACUGGUAUGAAUGGGAUAAUCUAGGGUAUGAUGAUGGGGAUAAUUACACUGACUGUCCCGAUGCUGCAUGCGGGUUCGACACCCACUACCCGCAUUACUUACCUGCCCGACCAAACUUCGGCGAUGCCGUCGACGAGCUAUUGGACAUGGGCGUGCGAGUGUUCCCUUAUAUCAACGGGAGGCUUUUUGAUGUCCAACUGCCGGAAUGGAAGGACUAUGUUGAGUCAAAGCAUGCCUGUCGCAAUGAGACCGAUGAUGUGGUUGUGGAGGACUUUGGGUCUGGCACUUCCUUCGGUGUACCUAAUCCGGACGGCUUCUACUGGUCGACCGUCAUAGAAGGAGUAUGCAGCGACAUGAUACGUAAAUACUCAAGUCUUGGUGGUAUCUACAUCGACGAGCUUGCUGCUGCUCCAAACCUUCCAUGUUAUAUCAAUGGCCAAGGCCACAAUUUCGUACACGGAAUCAACAAGGUUGUGAUAGGGUGCGCGAACGGUAUGUCUCAGUGGAAGGCUGGGUUGCCAUCCAUCACAGAGUCAAACGCAGAAACCAUGAUGCGUACCGUAGAUGCAUAUCUUACUCUCGUUGCGAUGGGUGCUGAUGACCCGGUGCCGGUAUUUGGUGCAGUGUAUGGUGGGUUUUAUAAGGGUAUCGGUUCAUACUUCUCCCGAAGAACUGAUGGUCAUCCGCACAAUUUUACUCGUGCUGUUUGUAAGCAGCUCCUCUUCGGGAACCGUAUCGGCUGGUUUGCUCUCGACGGUAACGACGAACUCCUCAGCUUCCUCGAAGAUUCGACGGAGUCCGUAUCCUUCCUCCGACGGGCUCUCUUUCUUCGGUCAAAGUUUUCAUUGUGGUUCGAACAUGGCCGUCCUGGCAGACAGUUCGGACACACCAAGCAAGAGUGGAUCUACGAGUCUGUUCAUCUGAAGAGUUACCUUGUCAUCACUUGUAAACCUUUCGAAUCCUCUGGCAGUCCAGUGGAAGAGUUGGUGUAUGGUGAGGUAGAUACGACCGGAUCGUAUGCUGCUUCUGACGUAUCAUUGGAAGAGACCAUUUUAAUGUAGGUUGUGUCUCACAUUUUGUAUUUCAACGAUCUCUGUUUUUCUCUGAAUCGUCACGUUUUUUAUACUCGCUCGGUUUCGUCGGGUAGGCGUGGGCGCCCAUGGCGUCAUCCUUUGCGUCGAAGCAGCCGACUCGGCUGAGCCGAGUCGCAGUUGUCAUCGCCUAGCCCUCAAACCAAAUUGUAUUUCUCAUGUACACUCUUCGUGUUGUGCUCACUGUGGCAUGGGCAACAAUAAGUGAUGAGGUUUCGGUAAUCUGGUGGUGGCUGAACCAAAUUUGUUGGAGAGGCGCUUAACUCAACACUUGACGUGCGCAAGCUUGCUGAUGGGGGGUUCUAGUACUCCAUGUGAAGUGGUAGUUUCUUUGUGUGUGGCUUUAUGGAGAGAAACUCUUGGCAAUUUGUUGAGCUUGCGGGAAGAGGUGGUGGAGAGUAAUGGAGCUGUGUCUGUGGGGACAGUGCGCUGUUUCUGUAUCAACCUCACAGACGUCUUGGUCUUAGCUCGCCAUUUGAUGAGCAAUUGCAGAACGACACUGCUAUUUGUAGUUCUUGAGGUCUGUUCCUGCCGAGAUGGAAGACUGUCUCAGAGUAAGUCAGCCUCACUGUUUAAAGCAAUGAUAAUAGUGUUCUCGGUGGGGUCAGUGCUUUCAGUGUCGACGUAGUAGCUUUGUAAGACUUUUUGCUCAGCAAACUUUGCUGUCUUGGGAACCACGAUGUGGUUCACUGGUGGGUGUUGUUCGAUCAUGCGCUCUGAU